GACCGGCCAGAGCUAUCCCGUCCCGCGGUCAUAUGCUUUUUUUCUGUGAGCGUGUGUGUGUAGGUAGCGGUACCUCUUUGGCUUGAUUGUUCACCUCAGCACCUUUGCCUGUGCCAACAACCAAAACCUUUCCCCUCGCUCUCGACCAAAAGACAAAAAACCACGGGCCCGCAUCGCGCAUUGCGUUUGCGAAUUCCCCUCCGCGCCCGCCAUGGCCCCGAUGCUCGAAUUCCGUACGCAGGGCUACAACCCCUACGCCGUAAAAUACUCGCCCUACUACGACUCGCGCAUCGCCGUAGCAUCGUCGGCCAACUUUGGCAUCGUCGGCAACGGCCGCGUCUUCUGCCUAGGGCUGACGGCGCGAGGGAUCGAAGUCGAGACGACAUUCGACACCAACGAUUCGCAAUAUGACCUUGCCUGGUCCGAGAUCAACGAGAACCAGCUCGUCGUCGCCUGCGGCGAUGGCUCCAUCAAGCUCUUCGACCUCGGCGUAAAGGACUUCCCCAUCAUGAACUUCCACGAACACAAGCGCGAGACCUUUUCCGUAAACUGGAGCCCCAUCACAAAGGACACCUUCGUCUCGAGCUCGUGGGAUGGCACGAUCAAAGUGUGGUCCCCAACCCGCGACCACUCCCUCCGCACCCUCCCCGUAGGAAACUGCACCUACUCCGCCGCCUUCCAACCCUCCAACCCGCACAUCAUCUCCUCCGUCUCCUCCGACUCCCAAAUCCGCAUCUUUGACCUCCGCACCCCCGUCUCCUCCCGCUACCACCUCACCUCCAUGAUCCCCGUCCACGCCGCGGGCCCCUCCCACCCGUCCGCCGCGCCCGCCGAGGUCCUCACCCACGACUGGAACAAGUACCGCGACACCGUCAUCGCCACCGGCGGCGUCGACCGCGCCGUCCGCACCUUUGACAUUCGGAACCCGACGGGGGGUCCCGUGGCGGUGAUGCAGGGCCACGAGUAUGCCGUUCGGAGGCUCGCGUGGAGUCCGCAUGCGAGUGACUUGUUGUUGACGGCGAGUUAUGAUAUGACGGUCAGGUUGUGGGAUGAUCGGUCGAACGCGCCGCCGGUCGGUGGACCUCCGGGCGGGGCGCAGAUUGGUGCGCAGGUUGGGGUUAUGAAUCGGCAUACUGAGUUUGUUGUCGGUGUCGACUGGUGUCUGUUUGGUGUUGGUGGGUGGGUUGCUACCGUCGGCUGGGAUGAGAGGGUUCUUUUGUGGGAUGCCAAUGCGCUGUUGGGUGGCCGGUGAAAGACGGACGAGGUUUGGCAAAUGAGCCUUGUGCUUCGUGCGGUAAUUGUUUUUGUCGUUUGGGUUUGGGGGGGGAUGCUGAUACCCUUCUCUCGGAAGAGGCGCGCAUUCAUUUCAUUAUCUGGGCGUUCAGGGGGGCGGUCCUAGAGGGCUACGAUUUUUGGUGACAAUUUUCAGAAACAGAAAAAGGGGACCGGCCAUCCCUUUGUUGGGAAAAUAGUAAUUGGCUGUAAAUGAACGUUCGUCUGGCGUUGCUGGGAGCAGAUGGGCCUCGCAAUACAUGACUGGGUUAUUCU